CUUUGAAAUUUGGGAGAUGUGACUGCAGUAUCAACUGGUUUUGCCCUAUGGGGGAUCUUGAGUCACACCACCAUUCCCAUGAUGUGUCUUUGUGCAUGAAGACUUAAGAGGGUAAAACAAUGCAGCACAUCAGAAUACAACAUUCCAAAUUCCAUGUCUCACCAGCAUUCUUUCUUCCUCUUGGCUUAUAUUAGGGGUGGGGGAUGUGGUUCACUACAAAGAAUGAGUAUUUUGAUAGCUUCUCAUUCUUGGAACUAUUCCGCAGGUUUAUAACAAAGCUCAGAAAAUGCUAAAGCUUAAAGGAGAAAUGAGAGGUGCCAAGGAAAUGAAAGAUGAGGUAGAGGAGAGAGAUAGAGAAGUGAGCAGCCUGAACAACAAACUCUUGAGCCUGCAACUUGACAUCAAGAAUCUACAUGAUGUCUGCAAGAGACAGGGGAAAACCCUGCAAGAGAAUCAGCUCUGUGCAGAGGAGCCGAUGAUGAACGACAACCACAAUAAAAAGCAAACAUUAGCAUUCAAGGAGUUACAGAUGGAGUUAGAGCCCACUAAACAGUGUCAUCUGAGACAACUCCAACAACUGAAGAAAAAAUUGCUGGCCCUUCAACAAGAACUGGAGUUUCGCACAGAGGAGUUGCAAACUUCUUACUGUUCCCUCCUGCAGUAUCAGUCCGUCUUACAGAAGCAGACUUCAGACCUGGUUCUUCUUCACCAUCACUGCAAAAUGAAAGAAGAUGAGGUAAUUCUGUAUGAAGAAGAAAUGGGAAAUCAUAAUGAGAAUGCAGGGGAGAAGCUCCAGUUGGCACAGGAGCAACUUGCCUUGGCUGGGGACAAGAUCGCCUCACUGGAAAGAAGCUUAAACCUCUAUAGGGAUAAAUACCAGACUUCCCUGAGCAACAUUGAGUUACUGGAGUGUCAAGUGAAGAUGUUAGAAGGAGAGCUCAGUGGGAUUGUGGCUCAGGAGCCUGAGAACAAGGGUGAUCAUUCAAAGGUGCGUUUAUACACUUCUACCUGUAUGAUUCAAGACCAUCAAGAGACUCUGAAACGACUGUCUGAAGUCUGGCAAAAGGUCUCAGAACAGGAUGACCUAGUCCAAGAACUUCGAAAUAAACUAGCCUGCAGUAACGCUUUGGUCCUAGAGCGUGAAGAGGCUUUGAUAAAAUUACGGGCAGACUUUGCUUCCUAUACAGCCACCCACAGACAUCCUCCUAGCUCCUCAGAAGAUUGUGAAGACAUCAAAACGAUACUAAAGCACUUGCAGGAGCAGAAAGACAGCCAGUGCCUGCACGUGGAGGAGUACCAGAACCUUGUGAAGGACCUGCGCAUGGAGCUAGAAACUGUGUCAGAACAGAAGAAAAACAUCAUGAAAGACAUGAUGAAAAUGGAGCUGGAUCUGCAUGGGCUGCGUGAGGAGACAACAGCCCACAUGGAAAGGAAGGAUAAGGAAGUCACCUUUCUGCAACGACGGCUGCAGGAGCUGCAGAUCCAGUUCACGGAGACCCAAAAGCUUGGUUUGAAGAAAGACAAGCUCCUCCAGGAGAAAGAUGAGAUGCUGCACCAACUAGAGAAGGAACUGGCACAUAUUCAGAACACCCUCAUGAAAAAGGAGAUGGAGUUGGAGAAGAAUCAACAAAUGACAACAGAUCUAGAAAACACUGUCCAGGAGGAAAAGCAGGAUAAGAGCAAGAUGGCAGAGUGUGAGAACCUAAAAGCUGAGGUCCAGAAGUUGAAGGAAUCUCUGGAGGAAGCCCAGCAGCAACAGAGGCUGGCUGCUCAGCAAGCAACCCAAUACAAAGAGGAGGCCACAUUGGCAAAAACUAACCUGGAGGAAGCCAGAAACAACCUUCAGAUAGAGAAAGAGAAGGCAAGUGUCAUCCCAGAUCUACAGAGAGAACUUAAGAAACUGCAGAAGGAUUUCUCAGUAGCUGAAGAGGAACUUCAAAACAGCAGGAAACGAGUUGAGGAGCUGUCUUCAGAACUCCGAGAGGCCCUGAUGAAUCUUGAGUUUUCAGAAAAGGAAAAGAAAAACCUUCAGAAGAACUUGACUGAGCAGGAUAUAAAGCUGAAUGAGCUACAAGAUCAAAUAAAACUCGUUCAGCAGCAGCACAGAGAGCAAGCAUCCGCCAUCAACAAACUAGAAUACGAGCUUCAGGAGGCAACAAGUUCACUAGAAAAGAAACAGGAACAGUUGAAAAAGAGCAAAGAGAAGGAGAAGAUGCUAGAAAAAGAGCUUGAAGAAGUCCAAGAAAGUGAGAAAAAGAAAGAAAAAAUGUUAAAGGAGAAUAUGAGGAUGGUGGAGGAGGAAAAUGAGAAAAUGAAAGCGCAGUUAACACAAACUUCAUCACAACUUGAUUCCUCCUUCUGUAAAAUCAACUCCUCCCAGCAAAUCAUCCAGGAUCUGAAUAAUGAGGUCACCUGUUUGAAGGAGGUCAUAGAGAAACUGCAAAUGCAGCUGGAUAAGGCUUUGCAGAGAGAGAGAGAAUGUCUCCAGAACUACAUCAGUAAAGAAGCCUAUGAGGAGUUAAGCCGGAAGUCAUCUGCCUGCCAGGACGAUCUGACUCAAGCUCUGGAGAAGCUCAAUCAUACGACUGCGGAGACAAAGACCCUGCACCGGAGCUUGGCACAGGCCCAAGAAAGGAAAGCCCAGCUGGAAUUAGAAAUCAUGGCUUAUGAGGACAGAAUGAAAAAACUCAAUACAGAAUUAAAGAAACUGCAAGGUUUCCACCAACAGAGUGAGAUGGAGGUGCACGCCUUUGACAAGAAACUGGAAGACAUGAGCAACCAGGUGCUCCAGUGGCAGAAGCAGCACCAGUGUGACCUCAAGAUGCUGGCCGCUAAAGAGGAGCAGCUCAGGGAGUUCCAGGAGGAGAUGAAUGCCCUGAAAGAGAGUCUCCUGGGAGAAGACAAGGAGUCCUGUUACAGAUCCCAGAGGCCUGUGUCCAAAGAUACCUGUAGAUUACACCGAGAGAAUGAUCAGAUUAUGUCCAACGUAGAGCAAUGGGCAAAAGAACAGAAGAUCGCCAAUGAGAAACUAGGAAACAAGCUCCGUGAACAAGUUAAAUAUAUCGCCAAGCUGACUGGGGAAAAAGACCACCUCCACAAUGUAAUGAUGCAUCUGCAACAGGAAAAUAAGAAGCUGAAGAAUGAGAUAGAAGAGAAGAAGUUGAAAAACGGGACCCCAAAGCUGUCCUCCAAAGCCUUGAGCUCACAACGGGGGAAAAUGUGUACCGCCAUGAGCUGGAGGGGAGCAGUGCCUGACAUGAACCAUCCAAUGGAUGUCAGCAAGUUUGUGGGGAUGUCCCAUUGCACAGGUUCCUCAUACUCCUAGAACCAGCAGCCUGGGUUGUGCAUCAUUUCCACGUGUGCUUUUCACAUGACAGUGAGUUCCUUCUCCUCUCUCUUCACCUGGAUCACCUCUUGUGGGAAUAUAUCAAGGUCUCAGCUUAUUUUGCAAGCUUCUGAAAAAAAAAAUUUUUUCUUUUUGUUUUUGUUUUGUCUACUCCUACAGUGGAGUGAGACUUGGAAGCUUACAACCAUCUCCCAAGCUUGGAAAUAAAGAUAUCAGCACAGAAGCCUCAGUAA